AUAAUAACAUUGGAAAACGACCCGCGAGAAAAUCAGAUGACGUUGAGUAGAAUUUCGAAAUGUGGUUGGUGGGUGAUGCAAAUCAGCUGAUUGUUUUUCCCAUUUCGCCUCUCAGCCAGUGGAAUAAUUUCUGGGAAAGGGGAUUUUUUUUUGGUUGGUUUGACGUUGUGUUGCUGUGUGAGAAUCUGGGAGCUGUGACCUGGAUUUAGCCUAUCAAGCCAGUGGAAGAGAGAGAGAGAGAGAGAGGGAGAGAAGCAGAGGGUGGGAGGACAGGCAGCAUUAAGUGUGCUUCAUUCUCUCUGUGUAAACCGAAACCUCAGGCUUGUCUGGGGAACUAGGGAAUCGGCAACAACCCAGGCCGUGCAUAGUUGAACCUUCACACGGUACGUAUACAGACCCACAACCUGGAGUCACCGCAGUACAACACAACACAGCCCUUUUCCAACUGGAUUUGACUCUGUUUUGAAAGCCCUGUGAGAGGAGACAAGAUCUUCGUCCUUUAACCCUGAGUUAAAUUUAAGAGGUGAAGGGUACACUAACCUCUUACAGAAGCAACGUUUUACUGGAAUGACAUUUCCUAAACUGAGGAAGUGGAGCCAGAAAGGAUACAUGCCUCAGGGGGACUUUAUUCCUGUGCUGCACCAUUUUUAUUGUGUUAUGUUUUGAACAACACCUCUCAAGUGCUGUAUGGUUCUGCAUGUGCCCAAAAGGAAAGGGUCAUUUUGAUUUCGGGACGGGCUCAGUGCAGCCCCCUGAUGUGAGAGGAAGGUUUUUUUCCCAGUUGCUCUUGAAGUCCCAGGGAAUGUGCUAUGACAUCAGCAGUGGUGGACUGUGGAAGCCUGGUGUUUGACUUUGCCAGUAAUGGAAUGGAGAACCAUCAGCAGCAGGAUGCAGAAAAGGGUCCAGGGUACCCUGCAGUGAUAGUAGAACCAGUUCCCAGUGCCAGGUUCGACCAGGGCUAUGCGGCACAGAUACUGGUCUACGAUGAUGAAACUUACUUGAUGCAAGAUGUUGCUGAGGAACAGGAGAUUGAGACGGAUUCUGCAGAAACGGUGGAAGCAUCUGUCCAUAGCAGUCAUGUCCAUUGCACGGAUAAGACCAUUGAGGCAGCUGAAGCCCUGCUCCACAUGGAUUCUCCAACCAGCCUGAGGGAUGAUAAGAACAGCGUCCAGGUAUUUGUACCGCCCUGUGUAUCGACCCCAGAAUUUGUCCAUGCUGCCAUGAGACCUGAUGUGAUUACCGAGACAGUAGUGGAAGUGUCAACGGAGGAGCCAGAGCCCAUGGACACCUCCCCUGCUGUGCCAAUACUUGAAACCCCUGAGCCAACCAAAAAAAAGAAAGCUGGUCGAAAGCCAAAGAGCCAGCAGUCUGGGUUGCCUAAUAGUGCAUCGGAUCUGUCUGUGAAAAAGAAGGCUAGAGAAGGGAAAGGGAACACUACAUACCUCUGGGAGUUCCUUCUCGACUUACUACAAGACAAAAACACUUGCCCCCGCUACAUCAAGUGGACUCAGCGGGAGAAGGGCAUCUUCAAACUGGUUGACUCUAAGGCAGUGUCUAAGCUUUGGGGGAAACACAAGAACAAGCCAGACAUGAAUUAUGAGACAAUGGGUAGGGCACUAAGGUACUACUACCAAAGAGGGAUCCUGGCCAAGGUGGAAGGGCAACGCCUGGUCUAUCAGUUUAAAGAAAUGCCCAAGAACUUGGUAAUUAUUGAUGAAGACAAAACUGAUGCCAAUAGCGAGGGAUCGUAUCCACCUGAAAUACGGACCGAUGUAGUUGGCCACUUAUCUGAAGGAAUUUCUCCAUCUUUAGAAAAUAUCUCUUCUCACAUUUCCUCAAAAUCUGUGGUAGCUUCCCGAGGAGCGAGGAGUUCAGCACCACAGAGUGUUGUGAAGCUGGGGAGGGCUGCAACGGUGAAGGUCUCGUCGGCUAGUCACAGUGGAAUCCUAUCUCCGGUGCCUACAACCUCCCUACCAGUAGUAACCACAUCGGUUCCAAGCAGAACCGUCCGUGUGGCGAUGCAGGUGCCUGUUGUAAUGACCUCUUCGGGCCAGAAGAUUUCAACGGUGGCGGUUCAGUCAGUGAAUCCUGUGUCAACAGUAAUAACCAGCACAAACACGACCAUCUCUACUCCAAAGGUUCUCAUCCAAACCAUCCCAACAAUGGUGCCUCCUUCUACGGCAGAGAAUGGAGACAAGAUCACCAUGCAGCCUACAAAAAUCAUUACCAUCCCUGCAACACAGAUAACCCAGUGUCACUUACAGACAAAGGCGGGCUUGGCUACAACUGGCAGCAUUAACAUAGUUGGAGCACAGGCGGCCAUUCGAGCUCUUUCUCCGAUGCCCAUAGCAGGAGGGACACCUGUGAUGAGACUAGCAGUGCCUGCUCAGCAAUCUACCGGCCAGAGUCCUGCACGAGUUAUUACUGCGGUUAUCAAAGGAGCAGACGGCAAGCAGGAAGGCAUGGCUGCAAAGGUGGGAGCCGAUGUCCACAGUAUGCCCAUGAUUAAGGAAGAGCGGUCAGUGGAGGGUAGCAAGACAGUGACUCGUUGGGUGGUUGUCAGUGCACCCUCAGCUAUCGCCCUUCCUUUGACAAUGAAAACAGAUGCAGAAGCCACGGUGACAGCUGAAAAAUAAUAGUGCAACUGUUAAGAGAGGUUGCAAUGGGACUUUCAAAGGAAUGUUUCCAGCAAGUAGCAAACUUUUUCCAUCCCAUACUUUGCAGUGGGAUUUGAGCCACAUCAUCAAAUGCUGACAAAGAAACUUUUUCAAAUAGGAACAAAUGAGAUUUCAAUGAAUUCAAAUGCAAUUGAUUGCAUAUUGAUCCAAAAAAAAGGGACCAUGUGUUUCACUACAUUUUAAGUCUAUACUAAGAACUUCUGAAACACUAAUAUUUUGGUGAUUGGUUUGGAAUGUUUCUCUGAAGACUGCAUAAAUUUUAAAGCACAAGUGGUAUCAGGAAUUUUACUUCAACUCCCGGCAGUCAUCUUCAUUAUAAGGUCUGGCUGUGCAUUACUUUGCAGUGAAGGUGCUGAGCUGGAAUGUGACUUGUCAUUAGUGAUGUGGCAAAGGCACAGUUCACACCAGCUGUAGCUUAAAUGUUUUAAGCAGAGGACUAUUGUCUCCUUUUUAACAUUCCAAUCCUCCCAUCAGUUUAUGUUUUAAUAAAUAGAAAAGCAGUAGUCCUGUGUCUUGUUCACUAACAUGAAUCUGUCUAGUUUUAAGACGUCCCAUUUUCUCAGAUUAAAAUGUCCCCUAAAUUUCAAUUAACAAGCCCCUCCCACCAUGUCCCACACCCUCCACCUUUAAAACAAAAUGGCCUCAUUGGUCUUCCCUGGAAUUACAACAUUAAUUAGCACAAUGGUUCUUUAUUUGAAGGAUCAUAGAAUUGUAACAACUCACACCCCGUCACUCUGUGCAUGUAAGAGCUUGUUGCAGAGUUGGAUGCUUGCAAGCAAGUUCCUGGUAACACUGGUUCUUUAAAACUGAAUGCUGCCUAUUGCAUUUCAAAGGAAUACCAACAUUUGUUUAAAUAACACUGUGUGCACACAGUACUUUUCCUUCUACUGGUGCUAAGUGAAUUCUCUACAAACCGUAUGGAAUGUGAAGGAUUAAGUUGAAAUGGAAGUUACUGCUUUUAUUUGGAGGAGGUUUGGUGUAUUUUCAGGAUUUGUAUAAUUACAUUUAGUGAGCAAUGUUAAAUGACAAUUUGAGUUUUUCCAUUUUAAAAAAAAUAAGCUACGUACGAACUAGCUUUUUGUUAAAAGCUCUUUUUAAUCUUACACGAAGCACAGUAUUGUUAUGGAGUAACAUGUUAUUUUAUGGUAGUUAGAACCUGCCAGACACAUAGAUUCUGGUCAAGUUAAGUGACCGACCUUUGGCUAUAACCUUUUUUUAAAAUAAUGCCUGUGUCACUUUGCCUUGGUGUAUGUAUAAACAUUUUGCUUUUAUUUUCCUGCCACUUAAAGGUCAUGUUCAGUCUAGCUUUGUGCAAUGAGCUGUUCCUUUUCAGGUAGUUCUAAACCUGCUGACUUCAAUUAAAGAGGAAGUCUCGCCAUCAGGACCCAAAUAUUUUAAAAAGAAAACUGUUACAUGAAAUUAUAAUUAACAUCCUUUUGUCCAUCCAUUUUAUCAAUUUUUAUUUAUGCGGUGAAGAUGAACUGUGAUGUUUCUGGGAGGGGAGAAUUGUAUCAGUUUGGAUAGUUGAGGUACCAUAUGCAGUUAAUGUCCAACUCUUGCUAUUCAGCUCCUCCAUGGUGACUCUCUCCCUUUUACCCUGGUACUGCCUUUGGAUUUCACCAGUGCUCACUGUUCAAAUGUAUUCAAAAACCUGAAACAAAUGGACCAAAACAAAAUGAUGUUAAACCCUUCAUAACCACCUGCUUUUUAAAACUGGAUUCUGGUAUUGAAACUCCCUCCUUAAUGGUUGAUUGGGGAGAUUACCAGUGUUCUGACUGAAGAUGUUUGUACAGUUUCAACAUUUGAAGUAUAUUCUAUUUUGUUGUACUCUUGUUUCAAAGUGUAUUCAAGUAGAUUUUACCAAACUUUAACAGUGAAUCCUGUUUUGAUUGUGUUUUGGUAAAGAAAUACAAAGUA